AUGAUUAUUCCAUUUUUCCUACUGCUAGCAUUUCUCACUGCUAACACAUUUGCCGGUAACCAAACUGAAUUAUGCAUUCAAGCAUAUCCUAAUUUGCAAAUUACGUGUGCUGUCGCAUACGAGCGACGCAUUCUACUCAACGAGCACCAAUGUCGUGAUCUGUGCUUGAAAAUGUCCGCCCAAACAUGUCAAUACAACAAAAUAAGGAGGGAGUGCGAGUUGUAUAACAUUAUGGUUGUGUUGCAAAGAAAACAUUCACAGCAGAAAGAACAUCACAUUACAAGUAUGGAGAUUGGGAUCGUAAAGAAAAGCAAUAGUUUUGCGACGAAAUCAUGCAUACCAUCUAUAGCACCAGCUAUUGGUUUUCUCUUGUUCUUGAAUGGUGGCUGCAGUUUGGAACAAUCAAGUCAUCUGAGUGGAAAUAAGCCAGAUUGCACAUCUGGUUUUUCGACUUAUAUUGAAGCGAUCGAUGGUAUUCAAAUAGUAGCUGAGGGCCUAAUAACAUUACUAACACUCACGCCUGAAGUAUGCCUGCAAAUAUGCACAGAAAAUAAGCUGAGUGGUGAAAAUCUUUUACCAAUCGAAUGCCAUAGUGCUCAAUAUGACCGGAUCAGUAAACGAUGCAUUUUAUUCAAUACAUCAAUUACUCCAACUGGAAAUGCUGAAUAUACUCCAAAUAAAGAUAUGACCUAUUUCGAGAAGAUCUGUAUAUCCGAUAUGGUUGGUAGGAAAUGUAAUAUAGUUUUACGUCGCGUACCUCAGUACAUUCUUAUUGGACAUGCAACCGCUGUGGUCGAUGCUCCAUCACAUAAUUACUGUAUCGAAACGUGUUUACGAUCAUUGGAAAUGUUCGGUUUCAUGUGUCGUUCAGCAAUACAUUUCCAUGAUUAUUCGAAAUCAAACUGUAUUCUUAACAAAGAUUCCGCCAAAACACGUCCUCAAUAUUUCACGAAUGAGAGGGAGCAGAAGAUGGAUUAUAUUGAAAUGAAUGAAUGUUUCAUCCGUCGUAAUUUAUGA